AUGAACUUUGAUAAAAUAUGCAAUGAAAUUUGGCUCAAGAUUCUCAUGAAUAUUCCAAACAAUAAUCAAACGAGAGUUCAAGGACGUUUAAAAUUAGUGUGUAAAACUUGGUACAACAUAAUCACUUCCUUCUAUCCUGUUAGUUUAACCCGAAACCAACUUGUAUUCAACCUCGCAAGACUGUACAAAGAUCUGAACAUUUACUCAUCUUUGGGGCCAAAACUCAAAACCUUACAUGUGUAUGUAAUUCGACUUCAUCGCCCCGUGGAUUUCUCAGCUUCAAAUUAUCAAGAAUAUUUUCGUAAAGUAUUACUCUUGUGUCCUAAUUUGACCUAUAUAUGGAUCAAUACAGGUACCAAUAACAAUGUUGCUCCAUUUUUAACAAUCUUAAGUCAAAAUAAGGAUCAUUUACCAAAACUGAAAAGACUGGAUAUAAAUGAACUAGAGCAAUGCUCUAAAUAUACAAUUACAAAUUAUUUAAAUAUUUUAAUAAGCUUGAAACAUACCUUAACCGAGCUCCAGAUUAGAUCGCUCAAAGCCUUUCGGUUCAUUUCCUAUAACUUUGGUGGUCUUAAUAAAUUUCUUUCUCAGUUACCGUAUUUAGAGGACCUGAGCUUGAUCAUGCCUUCCAGGGCAUUCCGUAUAUCGCUCGACUUUAUUGGUUUGUUCGAAAAUCAUCCUUACUUGAAAUCAUUUGAAUUUUUGGAUGAUACCCAGAGCGUUCAUAGUCUCUUGAUGCCCUCCAAAGACGGCCGGGAAUCUGCAACUACGAAUAUUAAUUAUCAACUAAAAAAUCUCACAAUUACGACAUAUAAAUUGCAUAAUGCAACUUUACAAUAUAUCAUUUCAACAUUUAAAGGACUUCAAUUUUUUAAACUGAUUGUUUUGGAAAGCAACUUUAGAAGUCAAGAGGAUCCAUCAAUUAAACAAUCCAUAGACCAGCUCAAGAUAUUUACUAAAAAUAUUGAAAGGUUGUACAUUGAAUUCAAUUUUCGUUAUGGCAGUAGAUUUACACUUCGAAAAUCGAUAAAUCAUACUGGUAGUUUUGACCCUUAUUUAAAACAAUUUUUAUAUUAG